AUGGAGUUCUGGGUUUUUGUUGCUGAUGGUGAAAAGGUUGAGUAUGUUGUCAAGCCUUCUGAAGGACGCCCCAAAGCUGUUGAGGUUAUUGGCCCCAACGAAAACCCUGUUUGUGGCUCCUAUAGAUCCAGGCGCAAUGACCUUGGUGGCAGUGGAGGUUAUGGCGGUGGUUAUGGUGGAAGGGGAAAGAGAGGCGAUUAUGGUGGUGGUGGUAGUGGAUGUUAUAAGUGUGGUGAGGUGGGCCAUUUAGCACGGGACUGUGGACAAGGUGGCAAUGGUGGUGGAGGAAGAUAUGGUGGCAGUGGCGGCAGCAGUGCUUGUUACAAAUGUGGAGGCUCUAUGCAUUUCGUUAGGGAGUGUCCCGACAAUGGUCGCAAAGUUUGA